CCCGAAGUGAACAUCGGUUCGACCUCUCAAACCAACCAUUUCUCUCAGGGUUUUAGGGUUUACCGACCUCUCGAACCACCCAUCGCGCAGCGUAGCAUCUGUCAAUCUUUUCCGUCGAGAAAUGGCACUGAGACUCGGAAUCGCGAGAAGGUUUCUCUCCACUUCGAUCUUCGACUCCCAUCUCCCGGCUUCCAGGGCUACAGCCGCCGCCGCCGCCGCCGCCGCCAGCGACAAGCCUGCGCCUAUUCCUUCCGAUACUCUCUUCGUCUCAGGGCUUAAUAAGAGAACAACAUCGGAGAAGCUCCGCGAGGAAUUCUCAAAGUUUGGCCAAGUUGUUUAUGCCAGAGUGGUUACAGAUCGGAAUAAUGGCUACUCAAAAGGAUUUGGCUUUGUGAAGUAUUCAUCGAUAGAGGAUGCUGCAGAAGGAAUAAAAGGACUGGAUGCAAAGUUUAUUGAUGGAUGGGUAGUAUUUGCUGAAUAUGCAAAACCUCCUCCCCCUAGACAGGCGACAUCUCAGAACACAUACAAUUCGAGGAGCGGAUAUUGAAACUUUUCGGUGUUGAUACAGGCCUGUAUUAGCAUGAACUAAGGCCGUGAAUUGUAUUCUGUUCAAGCACCCGCACUGGACUUGUUAAGUCACUGACCUUGCUAUAUUAUUCUUUGAAUCCAAGUGUGAGGUCUUCUUUAUCUAAAUUAUUUACUGUUAUUUUGGCGUUUAAGAGGUAUUUAAGACAA